AAGCCGCACGUCGUUUCGCACUCCUUCCUGCGUUGACAGCGAGCUGCCACCCGCCACCACCUCCUCCUCCUACUCCUCCUCGUGCUCCUUCCCCCUCCGUCGGCGGAACUCCAAGUAUAUAAUAAUCGUAGACGUUAAUUGGCUACUUCAAGAGAACCAUGAGCGCCAACGCGCCUUUUACCGCGAAGUGAAGUCCAACGGCAAGGAGGCGAGAAAUGGAUGCCCGGAUGAUGCGAAGGCACGCGUCGCAGGCGAGUCCGGAGAGGUCCAAAGUGUGGACCGAGCCGGCUCUGAAGCAGCGCCUGCAGGAGCGGCAGCGAGGGGGGAAGAUUCCCGUGGUGUACUACCUCUGCCGGAAUCGCCACCUCGAGCACCCGCACUUCAUCGAAGUCCCGCUCUCUUCCCCCGAAGGACUCUACCUCAGAGAUGUGAUCGACAGGCUUAACGUGCUGAGAGGCAAGGGGAUGGCCGCCAUGUACUCCUGGUCCUCCAAGAGGAGCUACAAGAAUGGAUUUGUGUGGCAUGACCUCUCCGAGGACGAUCUGAUCCUGCCGUCGCAGGGCAAUGAGUACGUGCUCAAGGGUUCCGAACUCUUGGAUCAAACCCCUCCAGAUCGGAACAGUCAUGGCAUAAGCAAUGGAAUGACCCAGAAUCUGAAAUACCCUAUGCAAGAGCCACCGGCAAUCUGUUAUAAAGGCCAAGAAGCUUCUUGUUCUUCGUCUUCUGCAAUGAUUAUGAUUAGGGAGCCUAAGCUUCCCCCGCCGUCACCGAAGCAACCAACUCCUCCUCAUUCUCCUGCUGCACAAGGAUAUGUGCUAUGUCCCUCGGCCUGUAGAUCAGGCUCCUUGGGGAACUUUUCACCGAAGCCUGGUGCUAGAACUUCCCCGCCAUCAGCAUUGGGUUCCCCGAACUCGAUGGAGUACAGGAUCUGCAAGCCCAUUGGAGCUCAGGAUGCCUCCACUCAAACCGACGACCGAGGAAGUAUGAGUCAUGGAUCGAUCACUCGAAUUGUUGGUGUCCCAACAGAUGAUAGGCCUCGAAAUGAGCAGACAAUGUGUUCAAAGGAGGAGCUUGAAACCAAAAAUGUUGAGAGAUCACCACCUUUAACACUUCCCAGUGAUCCUUCAUGUGGGAAGAUGAAUACCUUGGAGUCCUUGAUUAGAGAUGAAGUAAGCAGAAGGAACAACUUUAGGAUUAUGGAAGCGGAGGAAGUUUUCCUCCCAAACAGGUCAAAAUUUAAAGCCACAAAUAUGCUUAUGCACCUGAUUACUUGUGGAUCAACCUCUGUGAAAGACCACUAUGGCCUUGGAUUUAUGCCAACCUAUAGGACAAGGUUCACUGGUACAAGUUUCUCCUCACCAUUGUCUGCCAAUUCAAUGGUUCUGGGGGGAAUUAAUGGCUUGCCAGAGGGCCGAAGAGAAAUUGGUGUAAGUCUGAAAAAGAAGGGACAUUUUAGUGGGAGCAUGAUUGAAACAAACAAGUACAAAGAGGAAAUAGUGGAAGGAGUUUCUAGUCUAAAACGAUCAUCUUCCUUUGGUGAGGAAAGGAACCACAACAUGCCUCAUUCGAGAAGGAACAAGGAAAAGGAAGCAGAUUCAGCUCAGUUAAAGUGCCUCCCUAGUACAAUGAAAAUUUCAUCCUGCACACAGUCAAGGGAUAAUCAGAAUGGAACUUUGAUGUCCCAAAUUUCAGAAAUAAUGGGGAACUCUUCUGGCAAAUUCUCACCACUCAAUUCAUCAUAUGGUGAAAACGAAAGGAUUAUAGAUAAGGGAUCAUCUGUGAGGUCAGAAUUUUACAGAGAAGAAAAAGAGAAGGUGAUCAAGAUCGAAGAAAGGCUUAAAUCUGGAGCUCGGUUCAUAAUCGAGUCUAGAUCACUAGGUGAUGAUAUUGAAGAUACCUCUGAAUGAACACAGGAACUCUGUGUUAAUGUAUCAUGUCCCAUUUCAGUAUCAGCUUCUUUCUUUACAGCUGUGCUUGGAGGAAUCUGUCCAACAUUUAAAGUGCUUGUAAGUGCCUUUUAUUCGUUUUUUUUUACUUAUUCCAGUUCUUUUGAGUUGUCUUAUUCUGACAACCCUAGCAAGAAACGUAUAAGUUGGCUACCUGCAAAGAAAUGUCAUUGUUCCACUAAUGUCUUGUGGCUUUUAAGCUGCAAGAAGAGAGCAAUUCCUUACACACUGUGAGCUAAGGUUGCUCUCUUUUUUGGUGGUACAAUAAAACACGCUGCAUGACACUGUCGCAUGUACAUAACAAAGAUGAAGGUGAGCUGUGCUUGGCUUCAACUUGAAAAUCUUUACAGAACACUUUUCAUUUUAUGAGAAAACUAUUGAAAUC